AUGGGCCAAGAGCAAGGCAUCACAGACUCUGCAGGCUCAGGCGACUCCAAGCCAGGGAAACUGUGCAGUCAAGAUGGCGCAUCCACCAGUAAGCAGGCGGUGAUGUCCCCCGACAGUAAGAUUGGCAUUGCCUGCAACUUCACCGACACCAUCUCCAUCAGAGUCAAGAACAAGUACUUCAAUGUUCCUCGAGAUCUCCUGAUCGCCAACUCGACCUUCUUUGACGACGCACUGAACCAUAGCGUGCCAAGGAAGUUCUUCCUCGUCCUCGAUGACAUCGACGCUGAUAUCUUCAACUUCUUCAUCAACGUGCUCUUCGAGUCAUCUUGUUCGACCACAUACAAAAUAACAAACCCCAAUGCUUCAUUUUCUGGUCAUGGUGUCCAGUCCCUUCUUCGACUGUGGAAGCUCUCCAAUCGCUUCGUCAACCUCAGGAUCUGUCUUCUCGUGGAGGAAGCCUUGCAAAAACACUGCUUUGGCAAGUACACUCCUGAGGCUUGGGAGUCGUUUUACGUCCAGAGAACCGAUGACUGGCUGUGCCGUCGACUUCUGGGGCUGCAGCAGUGUUACACGAUCUGCAAAGAUGAAUCGAUUCCCUUUGAGGAGGAUUUCGUCAUUGCGUGUGCAAACUGCCCCGGCCAGGUGGUGGCUUCUCUUUUUGACCAUCUCGAUCCCGACUUCAAGACCGAGGUUGUGAAGAGCUUUGCGAUUCGUGUGGCAGACCCGAAGGUGGCCCAGAGAAAGAGGGCCCAUGAGGAUGAGGGCGAGUCCCAGGUUCCGAAGAAGAGAAGGCUCUGAAAAGUACGGCAGGUCAAAUUUUGCCACCAUUGUAACCCAAAAACAGAGACGCUGCUACGUGAGGUCUAGAUUGACAAAGGAGAAGAGGGGAGGGAGAGACAGAAAAUUGAGGCGCGGCCGCUGACGAGACGUGAUCAUCGAGGGGUAUGGCAUGUCCCGGGGGCUUCAUGAUGAUCUUGAGGCAAUCAUUUCCAAGACGGCGGAAGUUGAGGCACAACGACGAAUCGCACCCAGAAGAAAAAUCAAUGUGUGGGGACAGACAGUUUGGAUCUUGGUUGUAUCACGGAGACUGUU